AUACACCCCUAACUUACCCGCAAGGGGGAUCUGACAUCCCAAUGAGUAAGUCUCCAGGGACUCUGGAGCCUCUUGCGGCCGCAAACGAGGGAAGGAGCUGAGAGAGAUGGGGGGCUCCUCCACCAGGGAGGACGAGCCAGGAGCUGAGAGAGACCACAGCGUCGGUGAGGCAGCGAACGACCUCCCUGGGCAGGGCGCAUUCCCGCAGCACCCGAGCAGGACAGCCGUUGUGGUCAUAACAGCUUUCAAUGCCUGUCCAGUGAUCAUCAAAUGAGGCGAGGUAACGAGGUUGCUUCUGUCCAGGAUGUGCAGUCAGGAGAGCAGGAGACAGGACUGCCGACAGCGUAGGUGCAGGGCCCAGCCAGGAGACAGGCCUGGACGCAGGUAUACCUACUGCGUAGCUUGGGCUAGGAUGGGGGGCUGGGCCCGAGUGCAGGGGGGCUCUUGGACCGGAAGAGCAAGGCAGUGUCUGGAUGGACAGGGCAAUUCAGGUCUUCUGGUGCCCUGACAGGAACCUCCGCUAGCUGUUUCUGGGGAUAAAGGGGUCUGGCUUCAUCCUGCCUGUUGCAUGCAGUCACAGCAUCAUUUGGGUUGGACGGGAUUCCAGGGGAUCUCUAGUCCAAACCGCUCAAAGCAGUGGGGUGAGACAAGGUUGCUCAGGGCUUUAUCUAGUUGGGUCUUGGAAACCACUGAGGAUCAAGACUGCACAACGUCUCUGGCACCCUGUUCUGAUGCUUUGCUGUCUUUGCGAUGAAAAGGUUUUUGCUUGUAUCCAGCCAGAGCCUUUCUUAUUGCAAUUUUUGUCCGUUGCCUUGUUCUGUCGUGCACCUUAGCGAAGAGCCUAGCAUCAUCUUCUUGGUAACCUCCUUGUGGGUGCUGCUAUGAGAUCCCCCCAAAACCUUCAUUCUCUAGGUUGAACAAGAUGGUUUUAUUUGCAUCCUCUGAUCACAGGGCACAUGCUCCAGUCCCUGACCAUCUUGGGGGCUCUCUGCUGGACUUGCUGCAUUUAUCAACGCUUUAAUGUUUUAACCAGAUGAAAAUGUCCCUUUGGCCAAGGAAAGAGAAAGGAGAGCACGCAGAGAGGCGGCGUUUCUGGAUGCACAUGGCAAUCUCCUUCUCAUCACGACCAUCUCCCUCACAUCCCUCUUGCUCUUCUCCUGCCAUAUUCUGUGCUACUCGCCAGUUUGGGAAUAGUAGAGAGUCGUGACUCCGAGACGUCGCUCGGGAGAAGCGUCCCCGGGAGCUUCAUGUGGGCGCCCCCCGCCCGGCCCCGCUCUCUGCCUCCGUCCCCGCCGCCCGCGGAGCCGGGCCGUCCGGGCGCGCCGGGGCAGCGAGCCGCGCGCGGCGGGGACACGCGUCACCCUGCGGCGCCAGAAGACGCCCCUGAUGGAAGACUUUCUGGAGAAAGUUUUUGACCAAACCGUUUUACACGUGGAACUGCGGAGGGCGUUAUUUGAAGUCCUUGGAGCGGGAGCCGCCAAGGGGGCAGCAUGGCGGUGAGCAUGGACGAUGACGUUCCCCUCAUCCUCACCUUGGACGACAGCGGGAGCAGCACCUCGGCCCCCCUCGACGACCUGGAGCGGGAGGAGCUGCCUAACGAAAAUGGAGGUAGCUACGAUGUUGUUAAUGAUGCAUCCAGCCCUGCUGUGGGGGACUGCUGUGCACAGCAAGGCUCUGCCCAACACAACUGGGAAAUGAACUACCAAGAGGCAGCAAUCUACCUCCAGGAAGGAGAAAAUAAUGAUAAGUUCUUCACUCACCCCAAGAAUGCCAAAGCACUCGCUGCCUACCUCUUUGCACACAAUCACCUUUUCUACCUAAUGGAACUGAGCACAGCGCUGCUGCUCCUGUUGCUGUCUCUCUGCGAGGCGCCAGCUGUUCCUAUGCUCCGUCUUGGCAUCUAUGUCCAUGCAACCCUGGAGCUGUUCGCGUUAAUUGUGGUUGUCUUUGAGCUCUCAAUGAAGAUGAGGUGGCUGGGCUUCCAAACCUUUAUCAGGCACAAAAGGACCAUGGUGAAGACUUGUGUGCUGUUUGUGCAAUUCAUAGAGGCCAUUGUGGUUUUGGUGCGCCAAACCUCGCAUGUCCGGAUAACGAGAGCCCUGCGCUGUAUCUUCUUGGUGGAUUGCCGUUACUGUGGUGCAGUCAGAAGAAACCUGCGACAGAUAUUCCAGUCCCUCCCUCCAUUUAUUGAUAUUCUCCUCCUCCUGCUUUUCUUCAUGGUGAUCUUUGCCAUCCUGGGUUUUUAUUUGUUUUCUCCUAACCACUCGGAUCCUUACUUCAGUACUUUAGAGAACAGCCUUGUGAAUCUCUUCGUGCUUUUGACUACUUCAAAUUUCCCUGAUGUGAUGAUGCCAUCCUAUGCCCGGAACCCCUGGUCCUGUGUCUUCUUCAUAGUGUAUCUCUCCAUUGAGCUGUACUUCAUAAUGAACUUGCUUCUGGCUGUUGUGUUCGACACUUUCAAUGACAUUGAAAAGAAGAAGUUUAAGUCCUUGCUGCUGCACAAGCGCACGGCCAUACAGCACGCCUACCGCUUACUUAUUACCAAACAGAGGCCGUCUGGAAUUUCCUUCAAGCACUUUGAAGGGCUGUUGCGGUUUUACAAGCCUCGGAUGUGUGCCAGAGAGCGGUAUCUCACUUUCAAAGCACUGAAUCAAAGCAAUACUCCUUUAGUCAGCCUAAAGGAUUUUUACAAUUUCUAUGAAGUUGUUGGCUUAAAAUGGAAGGCAAAACGAAAUCGCGAGCACUGGUUUGAUGACCUUCCACGGACAGCGUUCCUUAUUUUUAAAGGCAUCAACAUCCUUGUGAAGUCGCGAGUAUUCCAGUACACCAUGUAUACUGUGGUGGCUGUGAAUGGAAUUUGGAUUCUUGUUGAAACCUUCAUGCUGCAAGGAGGGAAUUUCUUCUCCAGAAAUGUCCCAUGGAGCUACAUAGUCUUCCUCACAAUCUAUGGUGUGGAGCUGCUCCUGAAAACCACUGGACUGGGACCUGUCGAGUACCUGUCCUCAGGGUGGAAUCUCUUUGACUUUGCAGUCACUCUCUUUGCAUUUCUGGGGCUCCUGGCACUGGCGUUUAACAUGGAGCCGUUCUACUUCAUUGUGGUCUUGCGACCUCUUCAGCUGCUGAGGCUCUUUAAAUUGAAGAAACGCUACAGAAAUGUCCUGGACACCAUGUUUGAGUUGUUUCCCCGGAUGGCCAGCUUGGGUUUAACCCUGCUGAUCUUCUAUUACUGCUUUGCCAUCGUCGGCAUGGAAUUCUUCGCAGGUGUGGUCUACCCAAACUGCUGCAACACAAGCACAGUCGCGGAUUCCUACCGCUGGGUGAACCAUACCAUUGGCAACAAGACAGUUGUGGAAGAAGGCUAUUACUAUCUUAACAACUUUGACAACAUUUUGAACAGCUUUGUCACGCUGUUUGAGUUAACGGUCGUUAAUGACUGGUACAUCAUCAUGGAAGGGGUGACCUCACAAACCACUCACUGGAGCCGUCUUUACUUCAUGAUCUUCUAUAUCGUGACCAUGGUGGUGAUGACGAUCAUAGUGGCAUUUAUUCUGGAGGCUUUCGUCUUCCGUAUGAACUACACACGGAAGAACCAAGAUUCAGAAGAGGACAAUGGCAUUGUGCUGGAGAAGGAGAUCUCCAAGGAGGAAGUGGUUGGGAUAAUAGAGCUGUACAAGCGGAGUUCAGCUACCACUGAAACAUCUCAGCUGCAGAAGAUCAUUUUGCAGAUGGACAAAUAUGGGCAAAUGUCGACACUGUUUCUGGGACGCAGAUCAAGGACCAAGAGUGAUUUAAGUAUGAAGAUGUAUGAGGAGGAGAUACAGGAGUGGUAUGAGGAACACGCCAGAAAAGAAGAAUCUCAGACACCGUUGCAAGAAUCUGCACCUGCUUCCAACAAUUCUCUGAAACCCCUGAGCCUCCGGCAACGCUCCCAGACUGUCAUUUAGGCCUAGCUAAUGCAAGCUGCCCUCUAUGCAAUAACCUAGAGUAUUACUUCACAGCAUGUAUACUGGAGUGGUGUAUAUAGAUCUGUUCAAUGUACUGGUUGGCUUUAGGGUUUAAAUCUCUUCCUCAAGGCAGUGAAUUGCUGAAAAAACAGAGGCCCAGGGGGCUCUGAAUAAGACUGCUGGAACCAGGUUGAGCAUGGUGCCCAUGCUCAGCAUGGAAUGAGCAUCUCGGGCAGAACAGAGUUGUCCUCCCUCUGACCCACUUCCCAGGCUCAGACCUGUUGCUUCUCUUACCACUAACAGCCCCUGGAGGAAGAGAGAUGUAAUCCAUUAACAGCAGGAAAUGUGCUGAAGCCACCUGCUUAAUAAUAUUUUAAAAAAUUGCCCUUUUGAAAUCCAGUUUUUUCAAAGGGUGCCAUUAACCUAGGCGUAAAAGAUCAGGGAAUGAGUUUGUUUUGGUUCUUCUUGCCUACUCCUUGUGUGAAGCGAGGGGAGGUGGUGUGAAAUUUCAGCACUUUCGGAAGAGCAGUCUGCGUUCCCCUCCUUUCUGACAUACCUAGAUGCACUCCCGUAGCAGUUCUAGCUCUGAUUAUUGAAUUUAGCUGUCCGUGAGCUGUUCUGUGGCAGCUGGAGCCAGAACGAAGGGCCAGCAGCUCACUGUGUCGAGCCCGUAGGUGGGACAAGAGUUUGGGGAGACAAACUCUGUCCCUGCCGGUCAGUUCUGCCCACGGCAUUGUGCAGAAUUGGCAGUGACUACGUAACCCCCAAAGCUCUUGUCUCCCUUUGGUGAGACGGAUGAUUCCCCGGGGUGGCAGUGGUGGUUGACCUCUGCCGCUUGGCCACCUGCUUUGUAAAUGGCAGAUCUUUGCCUGCUUCUUAGCUCAGACAGAAGAUUAGGAGGGAGAAGGGGAGUAUUUUGCAGUUCCAAGUCUGUGAUGUAGUUCUGCCUGCGUCUGGGUUAAGAAGAGUUUAUGGGCAGACGGUCCGUAAAACAACACUGCUGGUUAAUCCUCAGCCAGGUCUUGGCUUUGUUUAUGCAGGUCCUAAUGCAGCAGUGUCGCUCCUCCCUUGUUCUCACCCUUGCAGAAAGGUUCCCCAGGCUGCCAAAUGCUGACUGAGUCAAAUCUUAGGAAGUUCCUCUACUGAAGAGCUUUACUGUUCCCCUGAAUUCUGGAUGGAGGAGGAAUGUGGAAGAUAAUGCUUCUUCUCACCCAUCUGCUUUUCUGUUUCCAGCAAGGAGGCUGCCCGACCUGGGAGAUGAGAAAGAAGGGGGAAAUCGGGUUCUUCCCCUGCUCUACCACGUUUAUCUUGUGACUGUGGCAGGUUGCUUCAUCGCUCGUGUUUCUGUGCCCACAAAGCGGUGAGAACACUUGCCACUGUCAUUGCCUUUUUUCUUUUUUUUUCCUUUUUCCUGUCAACACAAAGUUUUGAGGGUUAAAAGUAUUUGUGUUUUUGUGUUAGCUGGGAGGGUUCUUUCACCUCUUGCUUUCUGAUCUUUCUCAGGUUCAGAUUAAGAGCAGAACUAGCUGGAGGGGCUUUCUCCUUCCUCCAGAUAAGUCAGGCAGUGGGAGACCUGGGUGGCGAUUCCCUGUGUCCCGUGCACCGGAUUUCUUACAGGUAGCCUCGACACGCGGCACGAGGAGAGAGGCAGAGGACUGAGUAUUUCUCUUUGAUCCUGCCGGGGCGGCUAGGCAGCAUUUUCUGGGGAAGGAUGAACGAGAUUUUCAGAAGUAUGCCAAACAGAGCUAAUUCUGAAAAUUUCUCCCCGCAUAGAGCAGUGGGAGUAUUUGGAGCAACUGAUGGAAAGAGGGUGAACAGUCAGCUUGUGCACCAAACUGUGCUCUGCACUCCCUGGGUGCCUCAAGGCAACUCCUAGUUUCUUUUCUGGGUGCUGCUGGAGCUUUGGUAUGAAACUCUUCCUGAACUGAACCGUGAAGGACCAUCAAGGGCUGUUUUCCAAAACAUACAUCUGACCACAAAUUAACAAGCAGUGCAAUGCAGCUCUUUGCAGUUGCUCUGCAUGGAGUUGUAGCCUGGGGGAUUUAUCCAGAUUAAUCCUGGUGCUGCAGGAGAUGAUGUUUCUUCUGAUUUAAGUUGCAGGCAGGAUGAAUAAGGACUGUGAAGAUGAGAAAAAAAAUGUGACUGCUCCUCCUUCCCUUCCAGUCCACUCCUCAUUGCAGGGCUGUCGGUGACUUUUCCUGGUGUUUCCUGGAUGGGAAAAAGCUGCAGCUUUAAGCUAUAUUUUGGGGGGCAGUGAGGAGGCACUAACUCACUUAACAUGCAAUAACAGGGCUCUCGUGUCACGGAGGACGUGUGGGAACGCUUAAACUGUGGGUCAGAGCUCAGAUGCUGCUUUCUGUGGUUGCUUGCUGAGGUGUUGAUCUGCCCUCACACACGCACUGUAUUAUUUUUUUUUUUUAAACCAAGGAGGGUUGCAGAAGUUUACUUCUUCCACAUGACUUUGUCUUGAAGGAAAAGAAGUUUUGAGUACGGGGCAUCUCCUUCUAUUUGUCCUCCUCUUCCCCACCUUACACGCAGACUAACCACGCGGACAAUCAUUUCGUAGGGAACAAGGGAGGAAGCACUGCAGGGUUUUGUACGCUGGCGUUUUUUGUUUAUAAAAACGAUUUUAUGGGCGUGUCUGUAAAAAUGUUCUCUAGACUUUUUUUCAAGCACACUAAUAAAAAGUAUCCUCAGCUUUGUAAA